CACCCCCUGGCCUAAAUAAAUAGGCUUACAGGAAACCCUCUCUGUAUAACCUUAAACUGACUGGGAGUAGACCAUAGACCGUAAAGGAAUACACGGGACAAGAAAAUUGGACAAAAUGUGGAAUAGGAUAAUUUUUUGUGGACUGGUGGUCUGUCUCAUCUGCCUCACUGAACAGACUCAGGGCCAGAAAACACCUUUAGUUGUUCAAGGGACAGAUUGCACACAGAUCAAAACUCUCUCCCCUCGAGCCACCAGUGGAGUGUAUGUCAUUCAACCUGCAGGAGUCAGAUUCCCCUUUAAGGUGUAUUGUGAGAUGCUGGCAGACGGAGGCUGGACAGUCUUUCAAAUGCGCACUGGGGCAGAGGUUCUUUUCAACAAGACGUGGGCUGAAUACGAACAAGGCUUUGGGCAUUUACAUAAGGACCACUGGCUUGGUCUGAGUAAGGUGUUUGCUCUAACCAAGGGGGGCCGGGGGCUGAACUCGACUAUGCGGGUCAACCUGUGGGACUUUGAAGGGGGCACUGCCUUCGCUGAGUACAGCAACUUCCGUCUGGGCACGGAGAAGGAGAGCUACAAGCUGAACGUUGGAGCCUACAAGGGCAACGCAGGUGAUGCCAUCCGUGGGAAAUACGCCAGCAUUGACCAGAACGGCUUUGGCUUCAGCACAACCGACAAGGACAAUGACGGCUGCUCACCCUGCAUCUUAUUUGGCGACAUCGCCGUGGACAAGUGCAGCUUCUUGGAUGGAGGAGGGUGGUGGUACAGUCGCUGUGGCUCUGCCAGCCUGAACGGAGACUGGCACCCCGCCGGCGAACACAUCGGCUGGAAUUCUGGCCUCCACUGGGCGACCUGGAAAGGACCUGUCCCGUACUCAACCCGAGCCAGCCGCAUGAUGAUCAAGUCUGUGUGGGAGAAGGUUAUUAUAGCAAACUAAAACUGAAACUUAAACUAAUCAUGAAAAAACGAUUUUGUAAACUGAAAUAAAAGCCCAUUUAAAAAACUAAAACUA